GCCCCGCCCCUCACUAGAAGGCCCUGGCGGCUGCCACUGCGGCGCGUUUCCUGCUAGGAUGGCCGCUCUGCUUGUAAACAAGCCCGGAGCAGGACUAGACAGUGGCCGGCAGGGCAGCCGGGGCACGGCCGUGGUGAAGGUGUUGGAGUGUGGAGUCUGUGAAGAUGUCUUUUCUUUGCAAGGAGACAAGGUUCCUCGUCUUUUGCUUUGUGGCCACACAGUCUGUCAUGACUGUCUCACCCGCUUGCCUCUUCAUGGAAGAGCAAUCCGUUGCCCUUUUGAUCGACAAGUAACAGACCUAGGAGAUUCAGGUGUGUGGGGUUUGAAAAAAAAUUUUGCUUUAUUGGAACUUCUAGAACGACUGCAAAAUGGACAUGUUGUUCAGUAUGGAACUGCAGAAGAAACCAUUGGGAUAUCUGGAGAGCAGAGCAUCAUUCGUUGCGAUGAAGAUGAAGCUCACGUUGCAUCCGUCUAUUGCACUGUAUGUGCAACUCACUUGUGUUCAGAAUGUUCCCAGGUUACUCAUUCUACAAAGACAUUAGCUAAGCACAGGCGAGUGCCUUUAGCUGAUAAACCUCAUGAGAAAACCAUGUGCUCUCAGCAUCAGGUGCAUGCCAUUGAGUUUGUUUGCUUGGAAGAAGGCUGUCAAACUAGCCCACUUAUGUGCUGUGUCUGCAAAGAAUAUGGAAAGCACCAAGGUCACAAGCAUUCAGUGUUGGAACCAGAGGCUAACCAGAUCCGAGCAUCAAUUUUAGAUAUGGCUCACUGUAUACGGACGUUCACUGAGGAAAUUUCAGAUUAUUCCAGGAAAUUAGUUGGAAUCGUUCAGCACAUUGAAGGAGGAGAACAAAUAGUAGAGGAUGGAAUUGGAAUGGCCCACACAGAGCAUGUACCAGGUACUGCAGAGAAUGCCCGAUCAUGUGUUCGAGCUUAUUUUUCCGAUCUUCAUGAAACUCUGUGUCGUCAAGAAGAAAUGGCUCUAAGUGUUGUUGAUGCUCAUGUUCGAGAAAAAUUGAUUUGGCUCAGGCAGCAACAAGAAGAUAUGACUAUUUUGUUGUCCCAGGUUUCAACAGCCUGUCUCCAUUGUGAAAAGACUUUGCAACAGGAUGACUGUAGAGUUGUUUUGGCAAAACAAGAAAUUACAAGGCUACUGGAAACACUGCAGAAACAGCAGCAGCAGUUUACAGAGGUUGCAGAUCACAUUCAGUUAGAUGCCAGCAUCCCUGUCACUUUCACAAAGGAUAAUAGAGUUCAUAUUGGACCAAAAAUGGAAAUUCGAGUUGUUACAUUAGGAUUAGAUGGUGCUGGAAAAACUACUAUUUUGUUUAAGUUAAAACAGGAUGAGUUCAUGCAGCCUAUUCCAACAAUUGGUUUUAAUGUGGAAACUGUAGAAUAUAAAAAUCUGAAGUUCACUAUUUGGGAUGUAGGUGGAAAACAUAAAUUAAGACCAUUGUGGAAACAUUAUUACCUCAAUACCCAAGCUGUUGUAUUUGUUGUUGAUAGCAGUCAUAGAGACAGAGUUAGUGAAGCACACAGCGAACUUGCAAAGUUGUUAACAGAAAAAGAACUUCGAGAUGCUUUGCUGCUGAUUUUUGCUAACAAACAGGAUGUUGCUGGAGCUCUGUCAGUAGAAGAAAUCACUGAACUUCUCAGUCUCCAUAAACUGUGCUGUGGUCGUAGCUGGUAUAUUCAGGGCUGUGAUGCCCGAAGUGGUAUGGGACUGUAUGAAGGGUUGGACUGGCUCUCACGGCAACUUGUGGCUGCUGGAGUGUUGGAUGUGGCUUAAUUUUAAAUGUGGCACUUGUUUAAAGUUUUGUGAUUAUUUUGCACAUAAUAUGUUGUAAAAAUUCUACAUCUCAAAGAUAAUUUAUGCGGUACAUACAAAAGGAAUCUUGGACUGGGAAAUCAGUACAGUAUUGCUUUUAAAAAAUUUCUGUAGCAAAAAUUCAAAUAUGUGAUUGAGAAGAUUAAACUGAAUUAAAUAGGAAUUUUUUGAGUAUAUACUUUUUAAAAUGUACAUUUGUUAUUUAAGUUUUUCAGAUUAUAUGUGACCCAUAGGCUGGGAGAGAAAUAGUUACAGAGGAAGGCAAAUGAAGGCUUUUCUUUCAGUGGAAAACGAAUAGCCUGCUGAGUACCUGAUGCCAUCUCUGUGUAAAGCAAGUGAAACAUAGCUUCUUUCACUUGCCUUUUCAUUGAAAUUUGGCAGUAUUUAAGUAGUAGCAAAAAGGCAGUGACUUAAUGGGAUGAAAUCCAAACAUCAUCUUUGGAUAACAGGGUUACAUUUACCUGUUCAGUGUAAUAGGACACUUGUACUGCUAAAAACUAUAAGCUAUAUGUAAAUGAUAUUUUAUAGUGUUUUAUUAAAACUUUGUCCAAAGCAUUUUGUAUAAAACCCAUUGAGUCAGAAUGAAAUGUUGUCUACACAGAAUGAUGAGGCCUAAUUGUCAGAUUAGUAAUUAACUGAAGAACAUUAAGUAAUAAAACUGAAAAUUAAGUUAUGUUCUAGUUGAUCUUCAAUUAUGAAAAGUUAUUUCCAAGGUUGAACCUGUAUUAUUUCCUAGGGCAGAACUCUAAAUGGUCCUUCUAUUUUUCAACAUACUUAAAGACUUAGUAUAUUUUAAAUUAAUAUUGCUUCUUUAGUGGGAAUGACUAUACAUGGUAAUACAUAGUUAUACAAACCAGGGUUGGCUUUAUAUGAGAUGUAGAUCUAAGUAGAAAACUACCUUUGUCUUCAAGGAAGUCAUUUAAACAGUGGCUAAUGCUUAUUACAUCAGUUACUGUAAAAUGUUUUCCUAAAAUUGGAAUAUUUAUCUUGACAAUAAAAUGUGAUCAGUGUUCUUGACAAGGUUUUGAAAGAGUAAGAGGAAGAACAUGUCUAAGGAAGGAAAAGAAAAAAAUGUUGAAAAUGUUUACAUCACAUGAUGCAGUGUGAGUUAAAGUUUAAAAUUUUGUGCUCUUUACUGUUUCAUUUUUUAAGGAUAUUCCCUUAAGGUACAAGUUGUUAUAUUUAAACAUAGCUAGAUUGGACCUCAUGGGUUUUUCUUUAUGCUUUGUCAUUUAAGAUUAAAUAAAAUCUUACUAGUUGAACUGCUAUGAGGCCAUUGAUGUGCUUUUAAGUGGCAGUUUUAGUUAAGUCUCUUCAAAUGUAUUUUUUGUUUAACAACAACAAAACUCUUAGAAAACAGAGUUUUUUAAAAAGUGUCAGUGUUAUGGACACUAUGUAAAUAGGUAAAUAUUUCAUUCUUUAUUUUUCAAGUAAAAGGUCAUAUUGUUACAAGUGUAGUUUGUAUGUAUAAGUAAUACUUCUGAAUUAAAUUAUUUAAUAUUUGACUGAUUGCAAUAACUGUGAAAUAUAAAUAAGGUGUUGCAUUUGCCUGUGAGCCCUUGAACUGUUUUCUCUACUAGGUAAGGGGGGGGGGGAGGAGUAACACUAACAUGUAUAUUUGCUUUUCUUGUAAUUUAUCCAGUUCAUUUCACUAAUUUUGCAAAAGUUUGUAAUUCAUGUUCUUAGACAUUACUAAACACAACUUAAAAAUUAAACUAUUGCUUAGACCUGAUUAUAACUUAUGAUAGUAGUAUUAGUGGGGGUUUUUUUUGUGAAAGAAAUACUUUUCUCACUUUUCUUACUUUGUGGUUGUAUUCUUUUACUAAUCAUAAGUUGUGCUAGUCCCUACUGGGAAAUGUCAAAUUUAAGAAUUGAGACAGACAUUUAAAAUGCAAUCUUUUAGGCUUUGCUUCCUAGCUCUGAAUUUAUGUAUUAAGCCUAAAUAUUAUUGUAUGGUUUAUGUAACAGAUUUUUCAAGUGUAAGCCCUGGACUGUAUUUAUGGAAUGCUGUAUAAUCACCAGAAGCCAUUAUUUGCAUUAUAUAUGAUCAGUAUAGAUAGCAAUAAAAUGUUAAAGUCAUUUUAAUGAAGUCCUAUCAUUAUUCUGUAAAUUCUGUUUCUUAAACCAUCUCUGUCAUUAAUAAUCAAUUUAAAAAGCCAUUUUUGCUGUGACUAAGAGAAAUAAUAAUGUUAUAGGGAUUGUAUUACAUGUCAAAUUUGAGAUACAGCUUUAUUAGAUUAAAAAAACUUAUUCUGUGUUUGUAACACUAGUCACAUAUAAGUAAUAAUGUAUCUGGUAUUUUGUAAGGAGAGCUAAAAUUUUGCAUUGAACAAAGUGAAACUUGAUUUUAAAAUGUUAAUUUUAACUUUCAUACAAGAAAGUAGCAUUUUAAAUAAUCAUUUCAUAAAAUGGCUUGGAAAACUAAUGUUCAUGUAAGGCCUUUUAUCUAACUUGGAAAUAAUUCUCAAUUUGUAAAGUGGUAAUAUGGAGGAAUAUAUAGCUAUACUUAUUAAGGGAAUAAUGAAGUGGACUAAUCAAUAAAUACCAUGGCAUCUUGCUAAUAUUUAAAAUGUGCUUUAAAAAAGGCACCAGGCAAAGUGUUUUUAUGUUUACAGUUACUAAAUUUGUUACACAGAAUGGAAAAAUUCAUUAAUCAAACAGCUUUCAAAGUAAAAUUCUGUUUGAGGGGGGAAAUGUGUCAUCAGUACCACUUGGUGGCAGUAUUACCAAAAAUUUAGGAUUUUGUUUUCAAGAAAGAAUAAUCACUAGGUAAUGCUAAACACCUGAAAUUGGGAAGCAAAGACACUGUGUGUCACAGUGAAUAGUCUCUUUAUGCCCAAGUUCUACUUCUAAAAAGGAGGACACUAUUAGUUUAAAAUAGCACAAUUGAGCAUGUUUUUCCAUCCCACAAUAGUUUGUGGUGCAAACUGAAUGAAGAAAAUAAUCCUGCUUAUCAAUAGAAGGAAAAAGUGUAAGCUUUGAGUUUAAAAUAUAGGAGUAUAAAUUCCCUAAUAAACAAGUCUGUUGAACAUGUUCCUUCUA